GAGUCCCACACACUCCCACCGCACCAGCACACACGCUACUCUUCAACGUUGGCUGGUAACAUGGCGUUGACUCGCCGAGGGACACGACGGUUCUUCCACCCGCGCUGCACUUAUUGUUGUUGUUGGGACUUCUAAGAACGCGUGAGAGUGGCUUUCGCAUGGGGUGAGAGACUCUCUCCCCCAAAUCGCGCAAACAAUAGCGGAUUGGCCGUCCGGGGGGGUGAAAUAAAAUGCAUUGCAUGUGGCUGUGACGGUAUAGCCCGGCGUGUAGACACGGACGAAGACCCCACGCUACCCCACUGGUAAACCCCUCCUCCCCACCAAAAGGGCUGUACAUGGCGGUGGAGAGCAACCCUUGGAUCAUCUUAGUGCUUUUGCUCAUUUGCGCUCCAUCCAAGCAAGAUAAGCCUGCUUCGGUGGAGCUGAGCUGCGGGGCUGGACCCAGUUAUGUAGUCUUGGAGCCGGGGUCCCCCCUCACGCUUGACUGUAACUUAGGGGCCAACGACACACCGUUCAACAUCACCUGGCUGCAUAACAACACGCCCCUUCCCCCAGAGGGAAGCGGCGCGCUGCGGUAUGUCAUUGAUCGGUCCCUCCUUCUGUCGCCUUCCUCUGAGGACGGAGCACCCCUCCAGGCUCUGGAGGGGGGCUACAGCUGCGUGAGUGCCAGCGCACAUGGAGCCCUGACUAGCCGGACGGUACACGUGCUUCUGGCAAGUCUGUCCUCCUUCCGUCAGGAGCCUUCACCUCAGACGGUGCCUGCUGGGGGGGCUGCUCGCUUCGAGUGCCAGAUCGAUGGUGUGCCCACACCUGUAAUUACUUGGGAAAAGGACAAAGUCGCUGUCCCCGAGGACCCAAGCAGGUUCAUUUCCCUUCCUAAUGGCGUGCUCCAGAUUCUGGAAGCUACCACGAAGCAUGAGGGCGCCUACCGCUGUGUUGCAUCCAACUCUGCCGGGAGGGACAUCAGUCACGAGUCCCGGCUCACUGUUACUACAGGCUCUGCAGAAGACCUGAACAGAGUUACGAUUGUGGCACCGCCUCAAAAUGCGACGGUUGUGCUCGGCCGUCCCGCCGUGAUGGAGUGCAUGGCGCAGGGCCAACCCAAGCCGUUGGUGUCCUGGAGCAGACUCGAUGGGAAGCCCAUUUCCACUGAUGUUGUUGUCCUCGCCACCAACCUGGUAAUCAGGGACACGAGGCGCCACCAUGGGGGCAUCUAUGUCUGCAGGGCCAACAAGCCUCGCACUAGAGAGUUUGUCACAGCUGCUGCUGAGCUGCACGUGCAUGCCCCUCCAGUUAUUCUUCAGCCCCCAGAGACGGUAUCCCUCUCCAGGGGAAAUACAGCCAGGUUCAUGUGCAACAGCACUGGUGAGCCCACUCCGAUGUUGCGCUGGCUGAAGAACGGCCAACCAAUCCGCUCCUUCCGUCGCACCAAGACCCAAAACCCUGGCGUCCUGCUUAUCAAUCAGCUCGCUCUAGAGGACGCGGGCUACUACCAGUGCAUCGCUGACAACGGCUUGGGUACUGCAUGUGCCACCGCCAAACUCACAGUCAUCGUGAGGGAGGGGCUCCCAAGCCCGCCCCGACGUCUCACCGUCGCCCCUUACUCCAGCACUACUGCCCUUCUCACAUGGGAGAAACCAGAAUACAACUCAGACAAAAUCAUCGGCUACUCAGUGCACUGCCAACGGGCUGCAGAAUCGGAUAAUGUGGAAUACCAAUUUGCGAUGAAUAACGACACAACGGAGUAUCAUGUCAAGGAUCUUCUCCCCUACACCGCUUAUACCUUCUUUGUGGUGGCGUACUCUCCCAUGGGAGCCAGUCGUCCGUCUCUGCCCGUUACUGUCGACAUGCUCGAGGAUGUGCCCAGCGUGCCUCCCCAGCUGUCAAUAGCCAGCACAUCACCGACGGACAUCAGGUUAAUGUGGCAUCCGUUGUCCUCGCAGCACAGUCGAGGGACCAUUACCAGCUACCGUAUUGAGUACUGCUCUCUAGAUAACGCAGACACUGUUUUCUCUGUGGAGGUGGCUGGUAAUGAGACCCAGUUCACGCUCAGGGAGCUGCAGCCCAACCAGGCUUACAGAUUGAGGAUAGCAGCUGGAACAGGUGUCGGCUUCGGGGUCCCAUCUGAGUGGGCUCAGCACCAGACGCUAGCCCACUACAACCAGACCAGCCAUCGCAUGGUGGUGUUUGCUCCAACUGAGAUGAAGGUGCAAGCACGGGUGAGUACGCUCAACGUCACUUGGCAACCCUCACCCAAUCACACAACCAUCUCCGGCUACAAGCUGUCCUGCCGAGAGGUGGGCGCUAAUGGGGAGAAGAUGAAGCAGACUCACGUGGUCAGGCUCCGCAAAAAGACCAAAUACCACCUCCUUACCGGUCUAGUUGCAGACCAACAGUAUGAGGUGAGAGUUUGGGCGUUCAUCAAGCAGAUAGAUGGCUCAGCAGCAGUUUGGAAAGGCAGAACAGAAAAGGCAGAUAAAGCUUCUUCACUACCGAUGCGACCGCCCCCGUUACCACCGAGCAGCAUUCAGGCAGUGGCCAACAGCUCCACAUCCAUUCGGCUCAGGUGGGAGAAACCUCGCUUCAGCACGGUGCGCAUCAUCAACUACACAGUGCGCUGCAGCCCGGCCGGAACCAUCAACGCCUCUCUGGUCACGUACCACACCAGUGCUGCUCAGGAGAUCCUGAUUGGAAAGUUGAAGCCUUACACCCGCUAUGAGCUGGCUGUACAGUCCAACGGCGUGGAUGCGGCAGGACCGUUCAGCAGUACAGUGGAGGAGUUCACGUUCUCUGACAGGCCGUCAUCUCCACCACAGGAGCUGCGACUCAAUGUUAUUGACUCAUCCUCAGUGCUGGUGAGCUGGCGCCCUCCGCUGGAGCCAAACGGUGCUAUCGUUGGCUAUAUUAUUUUGUACAGCAGCAACCUGAGCCAGCCCGAGCACACGUGGAGGAACCUCUCUCAGGAUGGCAGCAUCACUAAUGUUGAGGUGCGGGGUUUAUCAAGUGGCACCCAUUAUUUUUUCAAGCUGGGUGCAUCAACAGAAAUGGGCGCCGGGCCUUAUUCACAUGUAAAGGAUAUUCACACACCCCUCGAGCAGUAUGAGUUGGAUAUCCAUGCAGUGACGGGCAUCAUCGUUGGAGUGUGUUUGGGGCUCAUAUGCAUCCUCCUCUGCAUGUGUUUCAGUUUCCGCAACACUAAGACUCGGGAUGUAUCUGAGGGCUUGGACUCCACAGCUGUGACUCCCCAGUACAGGAGAGGAGCUUACCCCAGUCCAGCCCACGGCCCAGAGUGCAGUGAUUGGCAUGAGCUGGAGACACUAAUGCCCUCCACUGGCCAAGAAUCUGGCCAGUUGUCAACAGAAGCCCCCGAGGAGCACAGCCUGGUGAGCGCCAACACCAGGGAGGGUGGGGAUACCUCAGCACCUGAACCCAAGGAUGCUUGGAACGGCUCCAUUAGUCAUAACUGGGCCAACAGAAUCACCCAUUACAGAGACACUGUCACAGAAGACUCACCAGGAUUCAUCGAUGGAGAACUCAACGUGACAAAUACGGAUUGCCCUAGUGCAUCCCUGUCAAAUAACCAGGUGGAGGCCGAGGUCAUUGUCCACACAGAGGUCAUCGGAAAGGACCAAGAGAACAGUGGGCAGGCCAAGGAUUCCAAAGGCAACCAUGGACCUUCGUUAGGACAGAUUGAGGAGAACUCUCCUGGUAGACAUUCGCUGCAGGAUCCUCCUUUGACAAAUCCGGCAGCCAACCACAAUUGGGAGUCGGAGCACAAAGCAGCGGAGGCGCUUCACGCCGAGCCAAAGCAGAACUCAGAACUGACCAAUGGCUUCCACUCCCCCAAGACGCCUCCCCUCGUGCCCAAAACAAGGGAAAAUGGGGACAUUCAACGCUGCCCUUCAGCACAAGCGAAGGCCAAGUCCGCAGGGCUCACCCCUGCCCCUUUUGUUCAUUCGGGCCUGGUCCACCCUACCUCAGUAGCACACAGUUAUUUGUGCCCAUAAUCUGCAUAGCAGGUUUAGGCAAACAGUGACAUUCUUAACAGGGAUGAUUGUGUAUACCCACCUCAUUGUCGGAUUUCUUUUGUACUUCAAAUCCACAAUUUCAUACUUAUGUAAAUAUACUGUAUAUGACACAGUCUAUUUUUAGACAUAGACUGCUUGUUUGAGCCUUGUGCAUUGCAAUCAUACAUUCCUCUGGGUUACAAAAAGAAAAGUGCGGACCUCUCAAUACAAAACCUAAGACAGGAACCAAAAUAGCAGGCAUCAGUCCAAGUGUGUCUAACUGAGGUUCCGUAAACACUUUUAAGAAUGUCCAACACCCGUAUCUCUCUACAGCCACUUGCUGUCUCAGGGUCACAUACAACUAUGAGGUGUAUCUCAGCUGUUCAUACAUGGACCUACACACAUUUUGGAGUGUGACAUUUUGUAUUGCAUUGUAUGCAUAUAACAUUUAGCUUCAAAUGAGCCAAUUAUUGGGCUAACUCAAUUUUUGUCAUUUUGCAAGGAUUUCAUAAAUAUGGGAGUUGAUACUGUUCCAACACUGAUGUAUCAGGAAAUGUGCCAAGCUUAUUAAUAGAGUUCCCAUGUUUGUUAACAGCAAUCCAAAUGGAGUUAUACCACUACAGUUCAUUUAAUUCUAAAACCAUUCGCUGUUUAGCAAAGCAUUUUUCUGGAGGGGGUCUUUUUUUUAUCCAAAGAAGUAUUAUGGCCACAAGGGAAAGCAAGUAAAGUUGUAAUGGUACACCGAUUUCAUAAUAUUAAAAAUAAACACCAAAAGCAAAAUUUUGACAGUUCAAAUUGGAAAUAACGCAACAAUUUUGCUCUUCAGCAAAACCGAAAAUUUGUGGAAAAUGUCAGUCUUUGAUUAAAAAAAAAAAUAAUAAUAAUAACAAUAAUAAUAAUAAUAAUAAUAAUAAUAAGUAAGAUUUAAAAAGCAUUUUUGUUUUAAUAAAUUUAAAAUGCAUAACUUUUUUUAAGAUUUUUAAGAUUUUUUUGUAAUUUUUAAAUGCACACACACCUAAACCUGAUAACUUCAUUCAUUCAUUUUACUAAAUUGCAUAUCCCCACGAGGGUCGCGGGGGUGCUGGAGCCUAUCCCAGCUAACAGGCAGGAGGCAGGGUGCACCCUGAACUGGUUGCCAACUAGUCGCAGGAAACAUUGAGACAAACAACCAUUCACGCUCACAGACCUACAGACAAUUUGGAGUGUAAUAACUUCAUUUUCAGAUAAAUUAAACAUUAUUCGCUUUGUUUAUUAAUUUAUUCAUCCAUCUUCCAGAUCACUUCAUGAGGGUUGCAGGGAAGCUGGAGCCCAGCCUACUAUAGCCCCUUCACAUAUACCUGAACACCGUUUAAAUCGUGUGAAAUGUGUGAAAGCAAUUUCCCGGGUCGACUGACAUGGAGAUUAUGCGGACAUUUAAUGGGUCUUGUCUUAGUAUUAUGACAAGGCAUGUGUGAAAGCAGGCGUUAUUUUCCCGCAGCAUAAAAGCUGAUGACGUAAAUAUGGUGGGCCGAUCGUCAUUUCCUCUUUCUUCGCAGCAAGACGGAAAGGGGUAAACAGACAUCGCAAUUAUCAAUAUGGCAAGCUGGAACUAGCAAAAUAAAACUGAAAACAUAACUAAAUUAAAUUGCUAAAGAGAAGAGAAGAGAGUCCAUCGUCCAUCUUUAGAAAUGUGUGGUUUAUUUUGUUGCUGAUGCCGACCAAAAAUGAUGUCAUGUCCGGGUUAUAAAAUCGCGCCAGCUAUCCUCACCGCACAGAGGGCGCCGAGUCGGCAACACAGGACAAGUCUGUGAAAGUGUCCAACCCGCGUCAUUCCUGGAAUAUCUCUCCAUGUGUGAAAGCAAUGACGCGGGUAAAUCCCACGUCCCCUUACACGGGAAUUUACCGGGAUAUAAGUCUGAAAGGGGCUUAUGGGUGUCAUAUUAGAAAGUUACUAGUUUUACGCAGCUGGGGAAAGGCUGUAUGCAGUCAAUGUAUCUUUCGGCAAUUAGUUUUUUUCUUUCAAUUUUGGAAAAAGAAAAAUAUUGGCAUAAAGAUAUCUAGUGUGUUUAAAUUUUUUAUCAUGUGUUUCAACAAAAAUCAAGGAUUAAACCGUUAUCCGUUUCCUGAUUCAUAAUUGGUUGGUCUGGCUGAACCCUAGUCCUAAUAUAAGCUAGUGCUACAAUUGCAAAACCUGGUCGUAACACAUUUAAAAAUUCUGCAGACCUACUCAACCAUCAUGUCAUUUUCUAGCAGGGUUAAACAUUUCACUCAACAAACCAACAUAUAUGACUCAAUCCUGCUCACUGAUUAAUGGGGAUGUAAUUCCAAGUUCGCAGGCCUUGAAAGUGUAUUAGCAUCAAGUGGCGCACGCAACACCAUGGCAACUGCAAAAUGGUAGCGUCAGAAUAACAAUGCAAACUUAAGGAAAACAAAAUGGUCACAUUGCAUUAUCGUGUCGACUUGUGUUACUCACAAUGGAACAACGGAUAAAGACACCAUUUGCACUUUUGAAUGGCCAAUUAUGAAUCGGGAAACAUGAUUCAUUUGAUGUUUUUUGUGCUAAUAUAAAAGCAAAAUUCGAAAUAGGCUCGUUUUCUGUUAUUUUUCCGAAAUUGAAGGAGAAAAAAAGAACAAAUGUUCAAAAGGUACAUUGUACACGAACCGUGUGCCCACUGUGGGAGGGAUCGCAAUCAUCUUCAGUCAUGGCUAAUCAAAGAUCUCCUGUUAUAGAAGUUGUGGAUUACUUUGGAUUAUUGGAUAUUACUGGCAGCGGGGACUUCAGCUCGUGCUCGUUAGGGCCAAACAGGGUAGAGCUGUGAAAAUGCCGCUCAGCUGUUGUUGAUUGCUGGACUGGCUAUAUAAGAGAGCCAGAGUCUGUUUUUUUUUGUGCUUUGGUGUUAGUACAAUUGGCUGCCAUGAUAAAUAGUUGACUCAAAGAGUCUAAGAGCUAACUUUUCUGUCAUAAAAACAAUGCAGAAGUUUCCUAUUUCACUUUUGAGUCUUAAUAUUUGACAUUGUUAUCACAAUAAUAAAACUGGUAGUUUUAUUUUGUUGUUUUCCAAGUGGCCCUAAUACUUUGUACCUUUUCAUAUACAGUGGUACCUCUACUUACUACAUACUUAAUACUUCUGGAAGUAGUCUCGUAACUUGAAAAUUUCAUAAAUAGAGAAGCAUUUUACAUGGAAAUGCCCUAAUCUGUUCCAAGCACUACUGACACGCCAUAUUAAAUUUCAUAAUUGGGGUAAAACUGGUAAACUGGAAUAAAACAACUGCCAAACUCAUUUGACUUAUUCCAUAUACCCGUAUUUUUUUUACUAUAAAGUCGCAGACUUUUUUUUCAUAUUUUAGCUGGGGGUGCAACUUAUACUCAGACUUAUGUGUGAAAUUAUUAACACAUUAUUAUAUCAUUUCACAUUUUAUUUUGGUGUUUUGGAGUGACACUGAUGGUUUCGUAAACUUGUUAGCAUGUUCUUUAUGCUAUGGUUAUCUGAAUAACUCUUAAUAGCUAUGUUACGUUAACACAUACCGGCCACGUUCACAUUUCAUUGUUCAUGCAUCAUGCAACAUUAUCGUACUGUACACUUAUUCAGCAUGUUGUUCUUUAUUGUAUUUUUAUUUGAAAUUACCUUUAAAGAUGACAUAUCUGUUCCAUGUGUUGGAUUUUAUCAAGUAAAUUUCCCCAAAAAAUGCGACUUAGGUAUACUCCGGUGCGACUUACAUAUGUUUUUUUCCUCUUCAUUGGGCAUUUUAUGGCUGGUGCGACUUAUACUCAGGUGCGACUUCUAGUCCGAAAAAUACGGUAACUAACCUAGCUGUUAAUACCUCUAAUGAAGUAGGUGAUAGAACAAAAUGCAAAGAAAAAAAAUAUAUUUACAUUUCAAGUAAGGCAAUGUCCUCCUUCACAAGAUCUAUGGUGCCUGUCGCCUAUCUCACUCUUCGUGACACAAAAGCGCGAGGAGCCUGUUGCUCAUUUGGCUCGAGGUUGACCCGCUAUAGCAGUUCUUUUCAAUCAUUUUCUAUUACGGCCUUCCCAGGAAGACGUCAACGUUUCGCGCCCUACCAACUCUGCUGCCACUGUAAAUAGUGUAAUUUGUCUCGAAAAUUAUUAUUAUAAGUACACCUCUGCAUAACAUUGUGUCCUUUUUUAUAUUAAAGGGAAAUAGAGUAAUAUAGAUCAACUUGGAAUAAAGUAUAACUUAACUAACAUUGUUUUGUUUGGAACAGAAAUGCCCAUCAAUUGGCCUGAAAAAAAAAGUCACAUACAAACUGCAAAAAUACACUCAAGGUAAUUUUUUUUUACUACUUGAUACUGAAAAAUAAAAUUUGAUAAAUCAAUCAAUAAUAACAAAUUCAAAUUGAUUAGCAACAUCAACUUAUGAAGACAAUAUGCCAAACAAUUUGACUGAAAAAACAAAAAUAGUACAAAAACGAGUGUAAUUGGACAGGGGGACAGGUUUUAUUUUUGCUGCGGACAGUAUUGGCUCCUUUGCUUAGCGUAGGGGUUGUUUUGCACCUAGGAUGCCAACAGUGCUCGCUGGUUUACUGAUGUAACACUGACAAAGAGGGACGAUUGUUGGGAAUAUUCGGUUUUCGCUGAAAAACAGUCAAGCAAUUUACCAAUGUGAUCGGGGUCUAAUGUCUUUAAGUGAGGUUAGUUUUAAUUGAUUUGGCUUCCCGCUGUCCGCUGCAAACAUUUUUAGACUACUACUACUGUAUUAAAAGUCAAAACCAAAAGCCAAAAGCUACAUACGCUCCGUCAUGUAUCUUUGUCUAGCUCUUCAUAUCUCCGGUGCUCUUUGCUGUGUGCUCUUGUUUGGUUCAAAAAUACUGCACACACUCUGAAAAUGAGAGCGCCAAAGUACACGUUAUUCUACAACAGCAAAGAAGUAUGUUUCCCCAAGGUCACAUGCUUCACCCCCAGCCUGGCUCUGCGCCCCACUAUUUGAAAAGUACCGUGCUAUAGCAACAAUAACACUGUCGCUACUGUGCACAUCAUUACACUGCGACACCCAAAUUGAAACAUCAACAACAGGCCAAUAGGAGAGGAGAAUCCCAUUUCGGAGGCAUGAUUUGAAAUAUUAUGACCAAUAGGGCAGCAGAAUCUUAUGAUGCGACAUUUAAAAGGAGAUCAGAUCUUUUACCUGAAAUUUCUUUCUUAAAUACAGAAGGCAAUAUUUUCUCGUUUAAACGUGUCGUAACUUGAAAAUAACGUUUGUAGAGACGUCCGUAGGUAAAGUUACCACUGUAUAUAUAAUUUUUUCAUUUUAAAAAAUGGUAAGCAAAAUGAAAAUGGUGUUAUUACAGAAUGUUACUGCCAUUUAUGUGUAGAUGGGUCGCAAUUUAGGCUAGCAACAAUGUCCACAUUCUUCUACGUCAAACUAGGGAUUUUUUUCAUCAUCUUCUAGAUGGCCAAACAACUAUUUGAGCUUAAUAAUGAUUUUCUGCUUUGUUAAAGGAAAAAAAAAGUGAACUGGUGCAUUUCAACUCCUUAUCAACCACACUACCUCGUUUCUUUUUGCUGUAUCCUGUGUGCUCUUGUUGCUUCAGAUUAGCUAGCACAUUUUAAGAAUGUUGCUUUCCUUAUUUUGAAGGAAUUUAUCCACUACAAAAAGCCUUAUUUUCCAGGACAAAUGUGUGGAACCACGCCCAAAUUCAUGCAGGUCAUUUUAGCGGGUAUGUUUCUUUUUAAUUGUUAUUUCCCCCGUGGUCUGAAAUAAAAACUGUCAGUAGGACGCUGAAGUUGAAACAGGAAUUUUAAACUCUCAGAAGGAUAUCGUUUUAUGAACAAUAAACAAAAGCCAAUUUCCACCAUUGUCAAAAUUAUGUAAAAUGGUUCAUCCAACUAUAAAUUAUCUGUUAAUUUUUGAUUAGUUGUUCUUUGUUACAUUUUAUGCUGCAUUUAUGGCCUUUAUUAUAGAAAAAUCAAAGAAAAAUUGAGUAAAAACUAAAUCUAUAACCCUUUCGUCCAUUGCCCAUAAAGUAUAUUUAAACAAUAGACUUAAUUACAGUUAUAUAAAUUAUUUUGUCGAAUUUCAAUCAGACUACAGGAUGUAUUUGGAAAACCUUGAAUUUUUAAUUUCGCUGAGAAUUUAUUUGGCUUUUGUACAAAAGCAGCAUUAUUUGGGGAAGAUUUACUAAAUUUGGCGCUAAUUCGUACAACAAACCUGUGGACUGUGAAAUUUGAGGCUAAUUAAUGAUAGUGACAUUUGAGAUUUUCUGGUUAAAUCGGGUAUCUUGUUGGAUUCUAAGAGGUGUCGAAAUACGCCACAAGAAAGUAAAAAACAAUAUUAGAAUGGCAGUUGUCGUCUGAACUUUUUUUUUUUUUUUUUUUAUUGCUAAAAAAUUUUACUUAUUGUGUCGUUUUCUUGUAAUCAUGGAAGAAUAUUUCUCAAGGCAGCAGCGGAACGGUCAUUUUGUAGACUCAUAAGAUAUAUACAAAAAUUUGGAUUCAAAUUAUGUUUCAGAAAGCAUUGUUUCGGCGUUGCUAUUAGAAAAAUUACUUAGUUUUGGGCUACGUAAGAAGGCUAAGAGCAUUACUCAUGACUUUUUAUUAUUAUUUUUUUAAGGUAUGUUUGUUUACUCUUUGAGGUCUGAAGUUUCCCAAGUGGAAAAUACCCAUCAGGAAUGCGGCAUAAUUUUCAAGGAGGUUAGGCUUGCAGGAAGAAAAUACAAUCCAAGUGAAGGUAAAGACUUUACACUACUUGCAGUCCCAUUAAGUUUUUUUUUUUUUUUUUUUAAUAAAUUUUGGUUUGCCGUAUUUAUUAGUUGGCCACAUAAACAAUGGAAUGUCCUUUUUAUGACACACUGUUCUUUGUUUGCAUGAAUAAUUGCGUGUACACCUCAAUAUACAGUUCAUACCUCAAAGCCUGGCAGUGUGCAGCAUACAUCCCAUUACAAUACAGUCGAGUUUUGUUAUACUGUGGUAGCAGAAACACAAGUGGAGUAGGGUGUGGGGGCAGGCUGAAAAUGUCCAGACAAGCUUAAGGCUCUUUUUGCAUGGGGUCACAUAACAAGCCUUGUCAUGUCACUAUGCUUCAACUCUCUCUGUCAGUCCCAGCUGGUACUGCUUUGAAGUAUUAUUUUAUGAAUUGAGUUGAUUCACAUAUGCCCACAUAAUAAACACACUUGUGCCAAGUGUAAAUAGAUACAAGGUUGAUUGUUCAGAGAAUACCUCCAGCGUUAAUUUUGAUGUAUUAAACAUUCAGCAAGUGGAGUGAUUGUGUUUUUUUAUGUACAUUUCACAAUCCCAGAACUGUCUUUUUUUUGCACUGAUACGGAUCCGAGAAACGAUACAGCACUAAAAUUUAGUCAUCUCAAUCGGCGUGUCGCCCUUCCCAAGGUGAUGAUUGACGUCCAGUCGUGUGGCUUCCAGUUAUUCUUCUGCCGUCAAUUUCAAUGAGUUUGUUACUAGAGUAGUAGAUGUCAAAUCCAUUAGAAGUGGAAGUGUGGCUCAGUGGCGCAUCCAGAAAUUUUUCACAUGGGUGGCAAGAUGGGGCCACUUAAAAUCUUGGGGUGGUACACCAAAACUAUAAGUCAUAAUUUCAGGUUUUUAUUUUGUUGUUGCUGUAAUGAACUGCAAGACGACUCGGAGACCAAAAAUAGUGAAUAAUUUUGUAUUAAAUAAAAAGUACAACAAAGGAAGCAUGCCAAACAGUACACGAAUUUAACAAAAUCCAAUAGAAAAUAGAGCACAAAAAAAACAAAAUGAUCAAAGGAUACAACCGGAGGAAACGUAGGAGAGCAUGAA